AUGAACUCCCUCUUCAAUUCUGCGCUGAAGCAGUCCUCUGCUGUUCGCCGAGAUCUGGAUCAAUUUUCCCAGUCCCCGGCUACCUCGUCCCCCGCUCUCCAAGGCCAGAUUGCCGCGUCACUCUCCUCGCUCGCCCGUACUAUCGAUGACUACUCGGCCCUAUCUAAAAAGGAGUUGAUCCCGGAGAAGCAAGAGAAAGCGUUCGAGCGAGUCAAGAACUUCCGCACUGAAUUGGCCGACUACCGGGCUCAAUUCGAACGUCUGCGCAAAGAGCGAGAGGAAGCGCAAUCGGUUAGCAACCGCAAUGAACUACUCGGUCGCCGUCCCCACCACGCCGCCACCCCGGAGAACCCAUAUGCCCAGUCCUCUCUCCCCGCGUCCUCGGCCUUUGCACCUUCUUCCUCCGGUCUCAGCUUCGGCGCGGGACCUACCAAUUAUACUCGUGAAACGCACGCCCUGCGGGAACAGUCCUUCUUUGCCAACACGCACAACCAGCUCGACGAUUUCCUCGAUCGGGGUCGCGCCGUGUUGGCGGACCUCGGUCAACAACGGGAGGUGUUGAAGGGUACCCAGCGCCGACUAUAUAGCGUGGCGAAUACGUUGGGGGUGAGUGGAGAUACGAUUCGUAUGGUGGAACGGCGGGCUCGUCAGGAUAAGUGGAUUUUCUGGGGUGGAGUGGUGAUUUUCUUCCUGUUCUGCUGGGCCGUGUUGCAUUUCUUGCGAUGA